GGCAACUGACUCCCUCUGGUGGUAAAACCUCAGAUAUUGAUGGGGUACCACCCCACUGGUUGGUUGUUUUUAGUUUCUUUUUCUCAGUUCCUGCCCUCACAGUCUUAACUUUCAUUUCUCUACUGGCUCCCAAGAGGACCAGCACAGUUGGCUGAAUCCUCAGGACUUAGACUCUUGCCUGUGUUUGCUCCUCUCCACAAAUCCUGGGUCUCUUGGUUGGUAUCUGAAGGUGUGAGCCAAUUUUCAACUGCAGAGUUUGGAGGAAUUUAGAAGAAGACACAGUCUUUGCUCUGCAGUGUGAGGAGUCAGGACAGGCAGACACAGGAUCACAGCAACUAUGGCCUCAUCAGUCCUGGAGAUGAUAAAGGAGGAAGUAACCUGUCCUAUCUGUUUGGAGCUCCUGAAGGAACCUGUGAGUGCUGAUUGUAACCACAGCUUCUGCAGAGCCUGCAUCACACUGAAUUAUGAGUCCAACAGAAACACAGACGGGAAGGGCAACUGCCCUGUAUGCCGAGUUCCUUACCCAUUUGGGAAUCUGAGGCCUAAUCUACAUGUGGCCAACAUAGUAGAGAGGCUCAAGGGAUUCAAGUCCAUUCCAGAGGAGGAGCAGAAGGUGAAUAUCUGUGCACAACAUGGAGAGAAACUCCGGCUCUUCUGUAGGAAGGACAUGAUGGUCAUCUGCUGGCUUUGUGAGCGAUCUCAGGAGCACCGUGGUCACCAAACAGCUCUCAUUGAAGAGGUUGACCAAGAAUACAAGGAGAAGCUGCAGGGAGCUCUGUGGAAGCUGAUGAAAAAGGCAAAAAUAUGUGAUGAAUGGCAGGAUGACCUUCAACUGCAGAGAGUUGACUGGGAGAACCAAAUACAGAUCAAUGUAGAAAAUGUUCAGAGACAGUUUAAAGGACUAAGAGACCUCCUGGACUCCAAGGAGAAUGAGGAGCUGCAGAAGCUGAAGAAAGAGAAGAAAGAGGUUAUGGAAAAGCUGGAAGAGUCUGAAAAUGAGCUGGAGGAUCAGACAGAGUUGGUGAGAGACCUCAUCUCAGAUGUGGAACAUCAUUUGGAGCUCUCAACCUUAGAAAUGCUGCAGGAGUCAGUCCUUAAGCCUGCAACAGCCCCAAACUGUCCCCCAAAAGAGAAAAAGAACAUUCCAAGCUCCAGAUCUGAAAGGCAUGCUGCAAGUGUAUCAAGGACUCAUGGAUAUCCAGCAAUACUGGGUUCAUAUGACUCUACAUGCAAGGAACAAUGCAGUCAUUGCCAUUAACAAAGAAAAAAGACAAAUACAGUAUAGAAGUUACAAUACGGUUCCAGUUUCUGAGAUCUACCAUUUGGGUGUCCUGGGAUAUCCAGCUCUUUCCUCAGGGAAGCAUUACUGGGAAGUAGACAUAUCUAGAAGUGAUGCCUGGCUCCUCGGAUUAAAUGACGGAAAGUGUGCUCAACCCCAACUUCACUCAAAGGAAGAAAUGGGCAUCAAAAAAAACCUUCAUUCUCAGAUCAAACAAAAUGUAUUGUUUCAGCCUAAAUGUGGCUACUGGGUUAUAGGGAUGAAGAAUCCGUCUGUAUACAAGGCCUUUGAUGAGUGUUCUAUCACCCACAAUUCCAGUAUCCUGGUCAUCUCUCUGCCUGAUCGUCCCAGUCGUGUCGGAGUUUUCCUGGAUCGGAAAGCUGGCACUCUCUCAUUUUAUGAUGUUUCUAACUGCGGUGCUCUCAUCUAUAGGUUCUAUGACCCUGCCUUCCCUGUUGAAGUCUAUCCAUAUUUUAAUCCUAUGAAAUGUUCAGAGCCAAUGACUAUAUGCGGGCCACCCUCCUAAACCUUCACCUAUAUCUAUAUCUAUAUCUAUCUAUAUCUAUAUCUAUAUCUAUAUCUAUAUCAUCUAUAUCUUUAUACAGUGCCCCCAUGUCUGGUGUAUCUUAUGCAAGAAACCCCUUGCAUCAUUCUAACUUCUUUUUUGUCUUGGGCCUUUUAUUUUAAUGACCUUCACUUCUAACCCCAAACCACUGUAGAUUCAUUUCCUUGAUCCAGUUGCUUGUCUGUUCACAAGAUGAUUACUGUCAUGUAUCAUUUCCCAUAUUCAAAAAAAAAAAAAAUAGUUGUUUCCUCACAAAGUAAAAUAGAUCCUCUGCUAACACCAUCUCUGUAGAAACACAGUCAAAAGAAUGACUCAUGGUGAACAAUGUCUUAGGGACCUGUAAGAGAAGCCCCAGAGAAAAAGAAAGAGGGCCUUUAACCUCAGGGACAUUUUGUUCCCUGGAUUGCUUUGGAUGUGAUUUUGUGCCUCCUGCAAAAAGAACAUCUGCAUUCAAUUUGUAAGAUCUGUUUACUCUUGUUGGAUGUCAGAACAUAGCUAUAGAUCCAAUUCCUGUGCAAGGAUAUACUGAAUGCUGGCCUCAAUGUACAAAUUCUGAAUAUGGACUUGUGCCUUGAUCUCAUUUUUUUCAAGAUAUCAUCUAUAGCAUAGUACCAGACACUUGUGUUUAUAUGGUCUGUCCUGAGACAGUUGUAGGAAAGGUUUGUUAAUAUGUUCUUACUGGUAUGUAUUUCCAUGUUUUUCUGAUUUGGUUCUUCUGAACUCAUCAACCUUCCUGCUUUCUUUUGUACAUUCAUGUUUAAAAGCACAGUGAAACUGAAAUAAAGUUGUCUGCAGCAUCAGGCUGUAGUCCCCCCAUUCUUUAAGGUCUGCAAACCCCAGAUCUUACAGACAGAACUACAUAGGCCCACAACGGUAUGCACACCUUCUUUUUGGUGUUGCCAGAGAUAGAAGCCAGGGAUUCGUGAGUGCUUAUGAGUUGCUCUACCCCUGAGUUACUUGCCUCAGCUCUGUCAGGUCUCCACAGCUGCAUUCUUUCUGAAACUGAAAAAGCUGAGAGAAAGUUCUUCUCCAGUGUGUCUAGCAGUUUAGGAAAUUAUAUGUAGGAGUCUGUCUUUAAGGAAUGGGACUUAGCAGAAGGUCAGUUUAACCACAAUGCUUGUGUUUCAUCAAAAAGUUAAGAAGGAGACAUCUCAAAUGAUAUCCACUAAGACCAUGUGUUUAGAAUACCCAGGUUCUAAUCCUGUCUCUCCACAUAGCAUUACAACCCUGAAUAACAUCAUCUCAAGCCUGUUUGUUUGUUCUUUUCUUUGUUUGUUUCAUUUUUCUUUUUUGUUUUUCAGUUUUGCUAAAAUAGCACACCUAUAUUACACGUCAUUUUAGGAAAAUAAAUUUGAAAUCUUUACAAGGCUCUGAGAGUAAAAGCCCUUUCCUCUGUGAGUGAUGAACUGUGUUCAUUUACUUAGACCCUCUUGGCUGAAGGAAGCAGCCAGCUCUGAGAGAUGAUCAUCUUACUUCACAAAUAUGCUACAGAACAUCUAGGCUGAAACUCAUACAAAUGAGAGGAGACUAUGUUAUUUUUAGUAAGAAAAGAUCAAUAGGUAUAAUGUGUCCAGUGCACACUCUGUAAGUGGGGAUUGUGCUAAUUACUGGGUAGAUGUGCUGUACUGAUGUUCUAUGUGGCACUGAGGAAACUAAGGUAUAGAUCUUCUCAUGUCUGGAUAUUAGAUCCUGGAAGCUGCCGCCAAGAAUAUUCUAAUGUGUUGUGGAUAUAUAUGAUUUUUUUUCUUUUCACACUUACUUUUUGAAAGGAUAUUUGUUUAGCUGUAUUCAUUAUCAAGUAAGUUAAAAUCUAUGAUUUUCCAUUCACAAUAAAUAAUAAUAAUGACAAUGAUACCCAUAACUGAACCUUCUGUUAUGUUGUGAAAUGUAAACAAUAGAAUGUUUCUAGGAACUCAUAUUGCUUCUAGCAGAUAGAAGGUAUCAGAUACUGUAUCUGUUAAGUUUUUUCUACCCUUUGUUGUGACCACAAUAAAGUACCAUUGGAAUGACAAA